CCCAUGCCGAUUUUAAGGUCGAGAUUGCGUGUACCCAUUUCUACACAAUCGUAAACAUGGUCCACUCCAUUCAGCCUCUAAGCCGUCCAUCGGAGCCAUUUCAUCGUGGUGGGCAGCUAGCGGGCACGUACGUGCACGUUGAAUCCCAAGCAAUAAAAGACAAGACCUACUGACCGGAUCAAGAAACCAAUUCAUUACUUGCCGCGCGGUUCAACGCUGUCUUACCCGUUAAGUACGUCCACAAUAGGCGAGGAGCAGAUAUCAUGUGAGAGCUCUGCCACCAAACACACGCCCCUUUGUGGUCGCUUGCGACACCAUGCCCAGAAACCGUAAACCCCGCUCGCAGUUCAAGAAGUCACAGCGCGCUCCUGAACUUCCUGAUGGUUCGCCGCAGGCCCCGUCCCCUGGUCCCUCUAUUCCCAACCCUCAGAUCCCUGCCAGAGCGCCUACUCCAUCGCCUCCUAGCAGCCCCCCUCGGGGUCUGAAGCGGCGGGCGCCUUUUGCCUAUCGCGUGUCCAAGUUAUUGCGGAGGGACCCCUCCCAUCGCAAUCGUUCCGACCAGCCAGACACUCCCCAUCCCAACCAUCCUAUUCUCACUUCACCCCCCCACCCAUCCUCAACUGAUCCAUCGCCACCACGACGUCCGCUUCCUGUGGAAAUGGGCUUUGAUGGCCCACAGGCGAUGCCCAGCACACGCUCCAUUCACAACGCCAGCGUCCUCACGCAUCAAGAACUUGGGGCAUCAGUCCCGGCUACUUCAUCGGUCCCAGCGGGAUCCACGCCUCGUAGCUCCGAUCGAAAGAAAACGAUCAUCGCCGGCACCAAACUCCUUCUCCAAACCGCAGUCACUGCUCUCAAGUUCUCCCCCAUCAAGAAUCUUGACCAGGUCCCGAACACGCUUCUUACGUGGAUCAGCAUCUACGAGGAUUUCAAAGGCAAUGCCGAGGAUCUCAAGCAGUUGUGCGUCGUGAUCGAGCAAGCACAAGACUCGGUGCUCGAGCUCCAUAAGUGGACUGGAGAAAUCCCUCCCGAGCUUGACAGCCUAGUGCAAGAAAUUCGCGUGGCUUUGGAGAAACAGGUGGAGGACAUCAAAGCGGUCCAGAAAAAAAGCAUCGUCAAGAGGGCCAUUCUAGUGCGCGAGAUAGCACGACAAAUAACCAGUAUGAAAAGGUGCUUGGAUGAUGCUAUUCAUCGACUCCAGCUUAGGAUAUCGACUUUAGCCCUGCUUCGCAUCGAGCGUUUAUCGGUUCAUUCUGAGCUAUCGAGACUCAAGCGGGCCCCAGCCGAGUACACGUGUGUGACGAGCAAAUCAGAGUGUCUUCCGGGCACACGCGUCAAGGUACAAGAAUCCCUAAUCAAGCACCUAAGGGAAGGCGAGAACCGGUUUGUUUGGCUACGGGGAUCUCCUGGGACGGGAAAGACUGCGAUCUCUAUGAGUAUCGCGUCCACUCUUGAGAAAGAGGGCAUUCUAGCGGCAUCAUACUUUUGGGAUAAGAACCGGACAGGGUUGGGCUUGGAUUCUAUCGAACUGUUCCCCACUACUCUUGCCCGCCAACUUGCAUCCUUCAACGAGGACUUUAAAUUUUCGCUCCUCAAUCACCUUCGGAAACCGGCCUUGGACUCUGUUCAGCAUUUCCCUCUGCAACGACAAAUCAAUACUCUGAUAAUCGACCCGAUGCGUGACUUGAAGGACAUCUGGUCUUCGAGCAAGGAUCGCGUCGUUAUCGUCCUGGAUGGCCUUGAUGAGUGCGGAGAUCGGGAGAGACUCGGGUCCCUAUUGGAACUGGUUCUUGCCUUUCAGGAGCUGCCACCGAUAUUUUCUGUGCUCGUUAGUUGUCGUCUAUGUGAAGAUUUGGACAAGGCUCAAGUUGUAGUGGAAGAAGCUUUCCAGACGGUCCACCGUAUGAUGGAAGAAGGCCUUCAGCACCUCUUUGACAAAUAUUCGUGGAAACCAGACAAGGAUGAACUCGACGCUUUUGCUCGGGCUUGUCAGGGGUUACCCGUUAUGGCAUCUCUCCGGGUUCGCGAUGUUGUCCUGCAGACAUGGCGUGGCCGGACCUUACAGUCGGUGUUCCGGGAGUUGCUAAACCUCACCGAUGCACCUGCCAACCUCGACUGGGAGUACUUGCGAAUUCUUCGACAAGCCUACAUGCUGAAUUCAUCUGGUAUUCACCCAGAUGUAGCCGAGAAGUAUCGCUUAGUGGUGGGUGCGAUUGUUGUGGCGCAUGAGCCGAUGAGCGUCUCUUUUAUGUCACAGCUUUUCAACAUUGGCGAAGACGAGAUCCGUGCGACAUUAGAACCAAUCAGCUCCAUCGUCAAUCUUCCCUUAAGUAAUGCAGAGGAUGUCACCUUAUAUCAUGCAACGGCAAAAGAAUUCAUCACGGGGGAACCAAUUGGCGAUGAGAAGGACAAAGUAUUCUUCAUUGAUGACGUGAAAGGGUAUUUCAUGGGAUUGCUGCAGACUCAGUGCCAGUCGCUCACGUGAGUUUCGCCGAAGUAUAUCCGAAUUUUUCGGCGCGGCGAAACUGCGUAAGCGACUGGCGCAAUAUGUUGUUAUUGUUUGUUUAACUCGAGUUCUUUGGCCUCGAUAAUCACACCAAUAUUUAUUAUAUUUUCCGUCAGAUAAUGGGUGACGAGCGCGGGGAAAUUCGUUUAUAA